GAUCGCACUCCCAAGUUUUCCGAGGUAAGAAGCCCAGCGAUUCCAAAAGCUCGCGGUCCCUUGCCCAGCAUUUGGGCAACACCCAGGAUCACGAUCACUGCAAAGAACAGAGCAAUGGGGUCACUCGAUCGCCACCAGAGAACGGUGCUCCUUCUGGCUUCCAUGCUCGCCAUCGCCGCCGCCAAGUCCUUCAUUCAGUCUUGCAACUCCGCCUCGCAGUGCUCCUCGCUGGUGGCCUACAGGACCCCGGCGGCGCAGAGCCUGGGCGCCAUCGCCGCGCUCUUCAACAUCGACACCGUCUCCCUCCUCGCCGCAAACAACCUCGACUUGCGAUCCUCGCUCGACCCGGGCUCUCCCCAGCUCGUCAUCGCGCCGCGCCGGAUCGUCAAGGUCCCGAUCUCCUGCUCCUGCGUCGAUGGCAUCUGGCGCGGCAAUGCCACCCUCUACAAGUCCCGCCCCGGCGACACGCUCGCCUCCAUCGCCGACGCUCUCUUUGGGAAGCUCGUCACCGCCAAGCAGAUUGCGCAAGCGAAUGGCAUCGCCGCGAACUUUGGUGGCGCGGUUGCGGCCGGGUCGACGCUGGUGAUACCAUUCUCGUGUGGAUGCGGCGACCCUCUUGCCGGCGGUGGCACCGCGCUGCUCAUGUCUUACGUGGUGCAAGGCGGCGACACGGUUGGCGAGCUUGCCCGGGAGUAUGGAUCGUUGCCGGGCGAUUUCAUGGCGCUCAAUGGCGUCGCCAAUGCGUCGGAGCUCGCGGCCGGGGACGUGGUUGCGGUUCCUAUCCGAGCUUGUGGAUCGAGUUUCCGUCGCAGCGCCUACGAUUUUGGCCUCGUUGUGGCGAAUGGAAGCUACAUCAUCACGGCUGGUCAUUGCGUCCAGUGCAGUUGCUUGCCGAAUCUCCAGCAAGUGUAUUGCACGCCAGCCCCGGGGGUCAUCAGUGGAUCCUGCCCGGACAUGAGAUGCCUGGGAACGAACCUCACCGUCGGGGCCAUGGCCACCGCGGCAUCCGUCCAAGGCUGCAACGUUACGUCCUGUCUCUACACCGGCUUCAAGAAAAAAAUCAUCCUCUCCAGCUUACAAUCGGUAAUUCUAAACUCAUGUCCAGCUCCACCACCUCCACCAAGCUAUAAAUCCGCCGGUGGCUCGCUUGCUCUUCCGCCAGCCGCGGCUCCCGGAUCCUCAGGCCUUACAACGCCCGGCGUCACCAUCCCUGCCAGCGGCAACUCGGCCUUCGCUCCAGGGCCUUCUACCGCGGCUGCCGCAGGAACUUUCUCGCAAAUCCGGUUUGGAUCUCUAUCUCUCGUCUUGUUGCUGGUGGUUUUGAUGAUCUAGUAUGAGUGACCAUCGCGAUCUAGAUAUGUCAUCAAUCCUCCAAAAGUUUUGCCAACAAAAUCGGAGUGUUAUGAUCUUGUCACUCACUAGUACAACAGUGUUCUUGAGUAUGGGACCCUGCUUGUCCAUCCAAUGGAUUAACUUGGACGGUGAUCUUCGCUUCCAAGUGUCGAGUGGACACUA